AUGCCAGCAGAUCACCAAGCCCACAAAGAAUGGCUUGUAGGAAUAAUCAAGAAAGUCGACGACGAUGAGCAACCCCUUCACCCGGUCCUAGAGGAAUUCAAAGAACUCAUCGAAUCCAACACACGCAUAUAUAUGCUCUUGAGUUCAAUGUUCAACGAAGUCCCACGAAACAAGCGAUACGGCCACGACCCAACAGGUAACCCCGAAAUUCGUGACUAUAACCAUUUCCUGCUUGUUAUCAAUCACCUCCUCACCACUGCACCUUCCUGGACCGACAAGGCACACCGCGUCGGGCUAGUCGGUCUUCCCAUCAAUGCCGUCCUCGACUGGCCCAUGGGUACACCGAGUGGGUAUGCAGCCUUCCUAGAUCCCGAUAUCAACGUGAUGAUCAAGAAGAUCCUGAAUGCGUGGGGUGAGUUCCUGUGCUCACCCGGAUCCGCUGAAGUUCUGAAUGAUACUUCUCAUGGAUGGUUCAGUAAGACUGGUCGUCGGGAUCUUACAGCUGUUGCAAAGAUUGGUUUACUGGCUGAGACGGAUUUGAAAUUCCAUGAUAUGUUCGAAUGUGACCCGACUGCGCCAAAUCACGGAUUCCAGUCGUGGGAUGACUUCUUCGUCCGCACCUUCAGACCCGGAAUACGUCCCGUGGAGGACCCGCAGGACGGAAAGGUUAUCGCUAACGCCUGCGAGUCGCAACCGUAUAGGCUCGCGCGCCAUGUUCAUGCGCGUGACAAGUUCUGGAUUAAAAGUCAGCCAUACUCUGUGCUUGACAUGCUGGGCCAUGAUGAUCUUGCGUCGCAGUUCGUUGGCGGCACUAUUUACCAAGCAUUCCUUAGUGCCUUGAGCUAUCACCGAUGGCAUGCGCCUGUUAGUGGCAAGGUCGUCAAGGCUUAUGUUGUUGACGGUACUUACUAUUCCGAGCCGCUGUUUGAAGGUGUUGGAAACCCGGAGGUCGGGCAAAAGGAUAUUGAUAUGGCGGGUCAGGUCACUUCCCAGGGGUAUAUUACUUCAACUGCGACGCGGGCACUUAUUUUCAUUGAAGCCGAUGAGCCAGCCAUUGGGUUGGUGGCGUUUAUUGGAGUAGGUAUGGCAGAGGUGUCGACUUGUGAUAUCACUGUCAAGGAGGGGGAUAGAGUGGAGAAGGGAGAUGAAAUUGGUAUGUUCCAUUUUGGUGGUUCGACACAUUGCCUUCUUUUCCAGAAGGGUGUUCAUGUAUCUGGGUUCCCAGAGCCUGGGAUGGAAGAGAACAAGCCUGUUCGAAGUAGACUGGCAGUUGUCUCGUGA